AGCAUCGGAAUGGCCUUCAGGGCACAGGCGCGAGGGUGGCGGGCCGGGCCCUGGCUGGCCUUGAGCAGGGCACCCACACUGGGCACCCGAGCCGCUCCGGCCCCCAGGGCGGUGCUGCCCUUCGAAGCCGUGCCCCGCUGUCCCGGCAACAAGUGGAUGCGGGUGCUGCAGAUCUGGAGGCAGCAGGGCUCUGAGAGCCUCCACCUGGAGAUGCACUGCACCUUCCAGGAGCUGGGGCCUAUUUUCAGAAAUAUUUGCCCGCCUACUAGUACGAGAGGUCCCACAGUGGCUCUUUACUCGUGUAGCGUACCCUUUGGGCUGCAAAAUAUCCUGGAAUUCGAUGGUGGGGAUGACUGCACAGCAUUGUGAAUAUACUCGCCAACACUGAAUUUCAGCCUUUCAAAUGCUCAAUCUUAGGUUAUGUCAAUUCUCUGUAAGUGAGAAUCAGGUAUAAAAAUGGAGGAGAGAUGAGGGCAAAAGAAGGAGAACGUUUUGUUC